AUGACGCGAGCGUCCAAGGGCGCGGUGCACCUGCUGGAUUACGGCGCCGGGAACGUGCGAUCGGUGCGAAACGCGGUGCAGGCGCUGGGGUUCGAGGUCUUGGACGCGCGAACGCCGAAGGAUUUGGAGGGGGCGACUCGGUUGAUUUUCCCGGGCGUCGGCGCGUACGGGAGUGCGAUGGAUAUUCUCCGCGAGCGCGGUCUCAUCGAACCGCUGAGAGAGUACGUGAGGAGCGACAAACCCUUCCUGGGCGUGUGCCUCGGCUUGCAGCUCUUGUUCGACGGCAGCGAGGAGAGCGGCGGCGUCGAGGGCUUGGGGCUCAUUCCGGGAAGCGUCGAUCGAUUCACGGGCGAGGGGUUGAUCGUUCCUCACAUCGGAUGGAACUUGGUGAACACCAAGAAGAGCAGUGGACUCAUGGACGGCAUGGAGGGUGAGCGCGUGUACUUCGUGCACUCGUAUCGGGCGACGCCGACAGAGGAGAACAAGGAUUGGGUUCUCUCGACGUGCGACUACGGUGGUGAAUUCAUCGCCAGCGUGCAAAAGGGGAACGUGAUGGCGUGUCAGUUCCACCCGGAGAAGUCCGGUGCGACUGGUUUGGGGGUGUUUCAACGCUUCUUGGAGGACGCAAAGCCGACGGGACAGUUUGGACAGUCCGCCAAGGUCACCGACGGGUUGGCCCGGCGCGUCAUCGCGUGUCUCGACGUGCGCUCGAAUGACUCGGGCGACUUGGUCGUCACAAAGGGCGACUCGUAUGACGUGCGCGAGAAGAGCGAGGGCGGAGACGUGCGUAACUUGGGCAAACCGGUGGAGUUGGCGGGCAAGUACUUCAAACAAGGCGCCGACGAAGUGGCGUUUCUCAACAUCACCGGUUACAGAGAUCUUCCGCUAACGGACGCACCGAUGUUGGAAGUACUUCGUCGCUCGAGUGAGACCGUAUUCGUCCCGCUCACCGUGGGCGGAGGUAUUCGAGAUUUCACCGAUAGCAAUGGGAAGUCGUACACGUCGCUCGAGGUGGCGGGCGCGUACUUCGCAAGCGGCGCCGAUAAAGUUUCCAUCGGGAGCGACGCUGUGUACGUCGCCGAAGAGUAUUACGCGAGUGGGAAGAAGAAGACAGGUAAGACGAGCAUAGAGCAAAUAUCCAACCGCUACGGAGUGCAGGCGGUGGUAAUCUCCAUCGACCCGCGUCGCCAGUACGUCGCCGAACCGUCCAUGACGAAGAACAAGUGCAUCGAAACCGCUCGACCCGGACCCAACGGGGAGAAGUACGUCUGGUUCCAGUGCACGGUGAAGGGCGGGCGUGAAGGGCGUGAUAUUGGCGCUUACGAGCUCGCGAUCGCCAUGGAGGCGCUCGGCGCUGGGGAAAUUCUGCUCAACUGCAUCGACGAAGACGGGCAAGGUAACGGUUUUGACCACGAGCUCGUGAGUCUCGUUUCGGAUGCCGUGGGUAUCCCCGUCAUCGCAUCCUCCGGUGCCGGAUGCCCAGCGCACUUUACCGACGUUUUCAACGCCACGAAGUGCUCUGCCGCGCUCGCCGCCGGUAUUUUCCACCGUGAAGAAGUACUCGUGAGUGAGGUGAAGAACCACAUGGUUUCGCACGGUUUGCCCACGCGCACGUGA